UAUUUUUCUUGAAUUAUCUUUCCAGUUAAAUUUUCUCUACUAAUUGUUAGCACUCCUUUUUGCUUUGUGCUGUGUAGACUUGACUUGAAAUGCCACAGGGAUUUUGUUGGGUUUAAACAUGAAAGAAAUCUUAAGAAGCCAGCAGCAAGCCAGUCAUAAAAUCAAUCCAAACUUUCGUUGGUGUUUCUUUCUUUCUCCAUCUACCAGGUUCCCGCUUUAUAUUAGUAAGAUUGAAAUUGAAAUAAGCCUAUUGCCGGUGGAUUCAUCUGUCACUUUCCUUGAAACUGGUGAACCCCAUACGUUAGACAGUGAUAGGAAAAUACUGCCAUUGUCUGUUAAGGAGUCUAUGACAUUUCAAGGCAAGAAUGAAUAUAUGGAAGAAGAAACUUAUUUCUUCUUUACUAAUGAAAGGGAAAGCCUGGAAGUGAAUGAUAUGGGUAGGUUAAAAAAAAACAAAAAACCUUUACGUAACUUUUUUGCUGGGAGAGAAGACUGCGAAGCACAUUUUCCAGGAAGUGUGGGCUGCGACGAUUGUGCGCUCUUAACUAAUCCUGAGUAAGGUGGCCACUUUGACAGUCUUCUCAUGCUGCCUCUGCCACCUUCUCAGUCAGAAGACAUCAUUUCAACUCUAACACAGCAUGAUCGAAACAUACAGUCAACCUUCUCCCCGCUCUGUGGCCACUGGACCACCUGUCAGUAUGAAAAUUUUUAUGUAUUUACUUACAGUUUUUCUUAUCACCCAGAUGAUUGGGUCAGCGCUUUUUGCUGUGUAUCUUCACAGAAGAUUGGACAAGAUAGAAGAUGAAAGGAAUCUUCAUGAAGAUUUUGUGUUCAUGAAAACGAUACAGAGAUGCAAUAAAGGAGAGGGGUCCUUGUCCUUACUGAACUGUGAGGAAAUUAGAAGCCGGUUUGAAGACUUGGUCAAGGAUAUAAUGCAAAACAAAGAAGUAAAGAAGAAAGAAAAAAACUUCGAAAUGCACAAAGGUGAUCAGGAGCCUCAGAUAGCGGCACAUGUCAUCAGUGAGGCCAGUAGUAAAACAACCUCUGUUCUCCAGUGGGCCCCCAAAGGAUACUACACCCUAAGCACCAACCUGGUAACCCUCGAAAACGGGAAACAUCUGGCCGUGAAAAGACAAGGACUCUAUUACAUCUACACCCAAGUCACCUUCUGUUCCAAUCGGGAAACUUUGACUCAAGCUCCAUUUAUAGCCAGCCUCUGCCUGAAGUCCCCAAGUGGAUCGGAGAGAAUCUUACUGAGAGCUGCAAACACCCACAGCUCUUCCAAACCAUGCGGGCAGCAAUCCAUUCACCUGGGAGGAGUCUUUGAAUUGCAAUCAGGUGCUUCGGUGUUUGUCAAUGUGACUGAUCCAAGUCAAGUGAGCCACGGGACGGGCUUCACAUCAUUUGGCUUACUCAAACUCUGAACGGUGUAAGCCAGCAGGCUGCGGCUGGGCUGAUGCUGGUGGUCUUCAUAAUCCAGGAAAGCAGUUAAGACAACUCCCCCGUUGAACUGCCUAUUUAUAAUCCUAGUAUCCUCCUGAUGGAGAACUAUUUAUUAUACAUCCCAAGGCAUGUAGGGCUGCAAUGAGUAAAUUACUGGGCAGGGGAAACCCCAACAGGCCCUGAUCCAUAAGAGCUUAUAUUCUGAAGCAGCAACCCCACUGACACAGACAUUCAGAGUCCUGUGAAAAGACACCAUUAUGCACAGCUCGAAUUUGAGUAAACAGCAGAAAAUUAGCCAAGUUGAGUUUUGUUUCUUUGCAUGCAGUGUCUUUCAGUGGAGGAUGUAUUUGAUUUCUCAGUGAAGAUGCCGAAGGGAAACGGGGAGCUUCAGCUCACAUUCAAUCAUGGUGGAUUCUGGGUCCCCGGGGCCCUGGUGGAGGUGGGGCAGACUUUAGGAAGUAUAAGGCAGUAGAAAACCAAAACCCUGCCCCCACCAGCCACCCUGACACUCAUUCUCAUCCUCUCUUUCUCUCCUACAUACACACACACACACACACAUACACAGAGUCAGGCUGUUGCUCAUCAAGUAUCUUAUUUCAACCCUGUUCCUGUCUCCACUACUGUCGAUGGGGUGGGGGGUGGGGGGGAAGAGAAGUCAGCUCUGAGGCUGCACACUCCUCCCUGAGAAAUGACUGUAUUUAAAGGAAACCUAUUGUAUCUACCUGUAGUCCUCAUUGUUUCCAGAAUGAACUUGUGAUUAUCUUAUUUAUUUUUUGAAUAAUAAAGAUCUCUUAACAUGA